AUGCCGUCUACCCCCUUUCUUUUCUUUUCCUUUCUUCCAUUCUUCUCGAAACAAGACAAUUUGCCAACUCAGCCCUCCCAAACCAAACAUACCAGACCAGCCAAUAACAUCGGCUCCGGCUCAGGAUACACCUGCGUCGUCCGGGUCAAUAACCGCGAAUACCAAACCGAUGAAGUCUGCCAGACCGAACUCCUGGCCCGCGAAAAGGCUGCCAUGCGAGCUUAUUUGAUCUGCAGGAACUUCUCCGUCAACGACGGCAUGUACCCUGCCGGCCAUGACCACGGCGGCGUCGUCCAGGGCAUACCCGUGGCCAUUGGCAAGGACCGAAGGCCACGAUAUUCAGAUGACACCGACACAUCCACGACCAGCAGCGGCGGCAGCCGGAGCGGAGGCAGCAGCCCCGAAAGCUACGAGAGAAAAUGGAGGUAG